UUCCGGCUUUGCUUCGGAGCCAGCAUCGGAGACCAUGAAUUUAGAUGUUUUAUAUGAUUCCAAUAUUGUAUCAGUAGAUAGCGUUGGUGGUGGUAUAGUGGGUAGUAGUAUAGAUGUAAAUACUAACGAUAUUGAUGAUGAAGUAGAAGAACCGGCUGAACUUCGCGAUGAUUUUUGGACGGAAGCUUAUAGCUUCUUGAACGAUUUUUCAACGUUGAAAGACGCUUUGAAAUAUUUGGCAGUGGCAGGGCAUCUUUCUCGAAGUUUUCUCAACUUGCUGUUGGCAAUUUUAAGAAAGUUUGGACACCCUGAUCUACCGAAAGACGCUCGUUUGCUUCACAAAAUACCCAGAGUAAGCAAUGAGAUUCAAACCGUUGCAAGUGGACGUUUUUGGUAUCCGGGUAUUGAGGUUGCCCUUUGAAAUGUUUUUAAAAAUAGCCCUCCACAAGU